AGCGAGACGUCGACGCGUCGCGUUCCUUUGCGGGCGCCUCUGGAUCCCGCGGCCUCUUCUGGCCUCCCUGAAGUCGCCACUUUGGCCGCUCUGGCACGCCUGGCGUUGGGUGGGCGGCAUCUCUGCGCCCACAUGAACCAGCAUUAUGGCCGACAUGGUCGUGGACGGGGCCGGGACUUUGCUGCCUGUGCCCCACCCAAGAAGAAGGGCAGAAACCACAUCCCCGAAAGGUGGAAAGACUAUCUCCCAGUUGGGCAGCGGAUGCCUGGGACUCGUUUCAUUGCUUUCAAAGUUCCUUUGCAAAAAAAAUUUGAAGCAAAGCUUAUGCCAGAAGAAUGCUUUUCCCCUUUGGAUCUGUUUAAUAAAAUACAAGAACAAAAUGAAGAACUUGGAUUGAUAAUCGAUUUAACAUAUACUCAGCGCUAUUAUAAAGUAGAGGAUUUGCCAGAAACUAUUUCUUACAUAAAAAUAUUUACAGUUGGUCAUCAAAUACCUGAUAAUGACACUAUCUUUCAAUUCAAAUGUGCAGUUAAAGAAUUUUUAAAGAAAAAUAAAAACAAUGACAAACUUAUCGGUGUCCACUGCACCCAUGGCUUAAAUAGGACUGGCUACCUCAUUUGCAGAUAUUUGAUUGAUGUAGAAGGCAUGAGGCCAGAUGAUGCAAUUGAAUUGUUCAACAGCUGCCGGGGGCACUGCAUAGAAAGGCAGAACUACAUUGAAAACCUGCAGAAACGUCAUGUCAGAAAGAACCGGAAUGUUAGUGCACCUAGGACAGAUGGCCUUGAAGACUCAGCAGAUCCUACGGAGCAAGUCUACACCAACAACAAACCUGUGAAAAAAAAGCCUAGGAAAAACCGGCGUGGUGGUCAUCUGGCACCUUCCCAGCAUUUCCAGCACCAGACGCAGAGCUCACCGUACUCACUCAGAAAAUGGUCACAAAAUCAGAGUGUUUACCAGAGAGGCCUUGUCCCUCCUCCUGGUCCAGCCGGAGAGGACUAUUCACAAAGAAGAUUCUUCUGGAGUGCGAGGCCAAAUAAGUGGACUGCUGAGAGUUACCAGAGACCUUUCUACCCAUACUACUGGGAAUGGAACCUGUGAGGCACGCUGUGGCUGGACUGUCGUCAGGGCCACCUGAGACCAGAGCUGGACAGAAGACAGCUGAAUGAAUUUAAUAAAAUCAGGUCAAAAGAAUUUAGAAAACUUUCUGAACAUUUUUAACUGUUCAAACUGUUGUACUGUCCUGAUAUAUGUUACACUGCUCUGUGCUGGCGGACGCGGUGGCUCCGGCAGUCUAGAGCACCUCCAUUCCAGGCCUCAACUUUUCUCAGAGUUCUGAAUAGAUAACAAAUUCUAAAUUGCCUUCUGUUUUCCCUGUAUAUUUCCUUUGCUCAUGCUUGUAAUGUGUUGUGUAGGUGCAGAGAUUCGUAGUGUUUUUACCACAUGUUCUUUACUGACAAUCUUUAUGGGUGUGUUUUCCAUGACUGUUCAAAUUUUCUACUAAAACUCUAGCCAGGGGACAGUUCUUUUCUUUGCACCUGUUCUUUGUCCUCGUGGGACUCUGAUCAGCGUUUUUUCCUUGGUGGUCAGUGUUGGGAUUUGACCAGCUUCUUGCUGACCUGCCAGCUAAGGCAUCUAACACAGAGAAGGUUCAAACUUUAGGUACUGGUUGAUUGCCAAGUUGGGUAACUGCCACCAACAGGGUAGAACUAUCCAGGAGGCUAGAAACCCUCUGUAGAUUUUAAAGGUUGAACAGACAUCCUUGGAUAUCUGGGAAAGCUGAGGGUUAUACUGACUCCGAGGACCUCAAUUCAGGAUCUCUGUCCACUGGCCUCCCACACUAGAAUGGUGCUCUUUCUCUAGGACACACUUCAGGCUACAUGGAGGUGCUAAUUACUUGUCCUUAGAACUCACUCAGGAAGUUGCUCCUCAUAACACAUCAAGUCCACAGCAAGUUUUUGCUAUGCACAGUAGUUUUCUCUCUCAUGUAUGAACAUGUGGAGGGAACUUUUCCCUAAUGAAGUCCCGGCAGAUCAUGUAUUCCAGCUUGCAGCUAAUUUUGCCCAAACUUUAGUCAAGUUGCUCUGCACUCCAGUGAUGGCUUUUUCUCUACCCAUCACAUUAACAGAUUCAAAGUGCUUCUUGUUGUGAGACCCCCCCACUCCACCCCCGAGGAAUUCUUCCCCAGAAUAUACUGGGUCAGUGUAUUGUCCAGUGUAAGAAACUGGAACAGACAGUUAGGAACCAAAAGAGGACAAAGCUGGGACAGGUACAGAAUGCACCCAGUCUGGACGGUGCAAAGAACACAUUGACAAGCAGCCUCUGGAGGACACUGCCAGGUAGGGUCACUGCGUGAGUUCUGCCACGGUUAGGAGUUGUUCCUGCCACCUGCCCUGUUCCUCUACCAGGAAUUGGAUUGCCAACACCUAGUGAAAACCACCUUUAUCAUUGGAUAACUCAUAACUAACUUUCAUUCUUACACACUCGUCUGGCUUCUGUCCAUGUCACACAAUACAAAGGCCUAGUGGAAGGACACUUCUUUUUUAAAGUUUCUAGUGGUCUAUUUAGUAUUCUUAAGUUAUAUUUUACUUUAGAAACAUACAUGAAUAUUUUCUCAGGUAGCUUUCCUGAAAUUCCCAUGGAAAGGCACCCUGCAUGUUUCUUGAUUGUCAGUCUCAGAGGUAGCCCGCCUAAGGAUUUCUUAUGCUAUGUAUUUUCCUCCUUUUUUUUUUUUUAAAUACUCUUACAGAUCACCAUUGCUUCAUUUUCCAAUUUAUGAUAACAUGCGUUGAUGAAUUCUUCCUUUGGCAAAUGAGGAUUUAGCUCUCAGCCUACCCACUCACUCCACAGCCCUUUGCAGCCUUUGAUGAAGUUACUAGAUAAGUGUGGUCAUCACGCGCGUCGUGUUCAUGGCUGUGGGUUCUUUCUGGCCUUCCUCUUUCCUUAACGUUUUUGCCUCAUUCAUUUGGCCAUUUUCUGUUGAUUAUGUCACAAAUUCAUCUUCUCCAUCUGAUAGCAUUAUAAACCGUCUCAGUGAAUGAUGCGCCCUUUGAUUUGACUCCUUUUCUGGAGCUUCUUUAAAUGCCCCAGUCAGGUGCCAGGUCUCGUUGGUAGGGCUGCCAUGCUAGAGUACCACAGACUGAGGGAGAACAUCUAUAGGAACUUUUUGUGUCUCAUAGUUUUAGAAGCUGGGAAGGAUAGAGUCAGCAAGAAUUUCUUCUUGUAGAUGACUGGUACUUCACUGUCUUCUUGCGGUCUUCUGUGUCUUAACAUCUCCUCCACUCGUCCCUCCCCCCCUUUCCUUUUUUCCCUUAUGAUACGCUGAGAUGCAUCGCCAGCUCUGUCUUCUCAAAGAUGCCAGGUCAUUAGACUCAGACUCACUGUGGAGACCUCAUUUGCCUCUUGAAAGACUCCCCAAAUGCGGUGAUAUUUCAGAUACUGGGGCUUAGAACUUUACCAGCAAUUUGAGGAAACACAACUGUCCAUAGGAGGCAAACUGGCUGUUCCUUACACGUGGGGCAAAGCUCCCAUCUGAGCUCUCUUCCCUCUUGUCAUUUAUUUCUUAGAACCUGGGUCCCAGGGUUCUACUUCCAUGACUAUAAUUUCCCAUUUGCUCAUUAUGUCCUUCAGCAGCCUCUCAGGGCUGGGAGGGUGUAACAGCCGAGCCACAGAAGUGGAUCUGUUUGCUUCUCUGCUCCUGUCCUUUGAUGAGCAGUAGGUAGGCACUUUUCAGAGUCCUAGUUCAUGGUGUUCAGACGGUUGCUGUUGGCUGUUGAAACCCUGUCUCCUAAUCUCAGAUCUUUGGGACCUGUAAUUCUUCUCUUGAAGUCUUAGGGUCUUUAUCUCACAUGUCAUAGUGUAUUUUCUAUCCACCAUGACAUAUACCAGCUGAGUCCUUUCAAUAUGGCAAAUUGUAAGAAGUUUUUAUUUAAUGCUAUUAUAUUAGCAUUAAUCCCUAACCCUAGUGCAGCUUCUAGUAGGAUGUUGGACUUCUUUCCUGAAAUUACAUCUGAUUUAAUUAUCUGUUUUUAUUUUUAUUUAACCUUUUCGUGUUACUAUCUAGCACUUUUCUUCUGAUACAUUGGGGUUGUAGAUGCUGGGAUUGACCAGGGCCUUGAGCAUGCCAGGCAUGUACUCUGUAAUUGAGCUGUGCCUCCAGCCUUCUUCAGACCUAUAUAUGUCAUUUGUAUAAACAUAAUAAAAAUACAAAAGAUAAAGCAUUUUCUGAUAUUUAAGUAUGUUACAUGAUUUUUUAAAAACAGACACAGGGCUUCAGUAUAUUCCGCAGGCUAGCUUUGAACUCCAGGGCUCCAGCAGUCAUCUGCCCCAGGCUCCAGAGCAAGUAGGACGUCAGGUACCUGCUCUCUUGCCUGGCUCUAGAUUUUAAUUUCUAAGAGUUAACUCAUUUUUUUCUUUAAAAACAAUAAUAACUACAGUAUAUAUCUUGACUAUUACAUGUUUGCUACACUCACAUUAUGGAGGGAGGUCCCAUGUGGAAUCCUAAUUAAAUAGCCUUUCCAGCAAAACUUACAGCUUCCCAGAAAACAAAUUCCUGUGUUCCUUUCCUCUUGGAAGAGACAAAUGGCUUACGGCCUUGGGGCAGGGACUGCCAAGGCUUUCUGUAUCUGGCCGUAAACUGACUUUUCAAGUCCUUUGUUUACCCUCUGUCUGAAUACUAGCCAUUUUGUGGCCAUACAGUCUGUCUUGAAAGUUGUUCUUUGGCUGUAAUCUGUGCUGUGAUCUGAGCCAGGCAUCCAUGUAUGAACCACUUUUUAGAAAGCCUGCCCCAGCGAGUGAUCUCUUUUUCUACAGUGUACUUUGUGUACACUGUGCUAAAAUACUACUUCAGGUUCUGUGCCACCAUGUCAAGUAGCACAGUAUGACAGUACCUUUUUGCAGGGAAGGAUACACCCUGUCUUAUCUUUGCAAAUGUGUCUUUAAAAUCCCAAACUAAAUCUUUAAUCUCAGCACUUGGGAGGCCGAGGCAGACAGAUCUCCAGACCUGCUUGGUCUACAGAGGGAGAUCCAGGACGGCCAGAGCUACCUAGAGAAAACUUAGCAUGAAAAUGCAAAAAAAACAUUCCCAGCCAAGUGGGACGCAUUGACUGGUCACACGUGGUACCUCUGGCCUUUCUUUUAUUUAUUUAUUUAUUUAUAUAUGAAACCCCACUUUCAACUAAAGGGGGAUGGGACACACUAGGCCAUGGCAUCAGGCUCCUUGAGCUGCUUGCCAGAGAGUGAGGUGGAUAAUCUACUCCCCCUGCAGAGGACAGGAGGCGCCUAGCAAGCAGACGACGUUCUUCCUGUUCUGCUGUAGAUCACUUGUACAGUUUCAUUAAUGAGCUUCCAGAGAAAGUCCAGACUGAGACUGUCAUGCCAGGGAGCCUGGCGUGUUCUUGGCUUACUGAAGCAGGGCAGCAUAUUGUAUCACGUGGCUUUGCUGUUUCCUGCUUAAGACCUUUCCUCACCAUUCUGUAUGUAUGUGUACGUCAAAGAAAACACCAGUGACUUAGUUCUUAAUCCUCGCCUCAAGACCUGCUUCCUGGAGGACCUCAAGUGUCUUAUGGAUCUGGCAGCCAUGCACUCUUAAUGGUUUGACCUUACACAUGAAUGAUAUACCUGGUCUCUUCCUGACUUGACAUACCACAAAAACUUGGAGCAUUUGAAAAUACCAUUAUCAGUUAUUUCGACAUAACAAUUUAUCAAUAAUUAAGGUUUCAUUUGAGGUUAUAUUUGCAUGACAUGGGGGUAAAUUUUAGAAUCUGGAUUAAGAUUAUAUUCACUUUAACAGUGAGGACAGCUAUGACUGUUUAUGCAAGUCCCAUGUCUCAGCAUAACACCCUGUCAUGCAUUCUGAACUAACUUCCAUAUGCUAUAUAGUGGUCUCCCUUAAUUCUGGAGGAAGGAGGGUCAUUAGCUCUGAAAUAACUUUUUUUUAAAAGAAAAGAAACUACAACAAAUUCCUCUCUAGGAUAGGCUUUUGUGCACCCUGACCAAGGAAUUUACCGCAGCCCCAGACUCCACCCUUCCAGCUUUCUCUGGGUCACAGCCCCUCCCAUCAGCCCAGCCCCUGGCAGCUACUGAUACAGUUUUCCUCUUACCAUCUCUAAAAUGCUGUGCAGGUGAAAUUAGGAUGUGGGCUUCUGAGUGGGGUUUCUUGUUUGGCUACUGGCUUUAAGGUCUGUGUUACAAAAUGGAUCGACAGGUCUCGCUUCCCUCUGUUGCUGAGUUGCUCUUGUAUAUGGUUGUCUCACACUUUGCUUAAUCAUCAACCAGUUAAAAGAUAUUUAGGUUUUCUGUAGGGGUUUUUUAAUUUAAAUUUUAAAUAUAAAUUUUUUAUAUAGCAUUUUAUGUAAACAUCUUUCCUUCCCCCUCCCCUUGGAGUGGAAUGCUGCCGUGUAUGUUUAACUUUAUAAUAAAUUAUCAAACUUUGCCAAA